UUAAUGGUCAUGACAUAAUUAUAUACUCUUUGCUCCGACCAAACAAUAGUUUAACACAGAAAAGGCUUCAUUCAACAAACACAAAAACAAACCACUAUUUCACUCUUUCAUUAUCACAAAUCAAAAAACCACACAAACUAAAACCAAGGUUUGCAAAGAAAAUUAAUCAAAAGGAAAAAUGUUGAGUUAUCUUCAACUACACUCCAUUCAAAGAAUCAUCUUGAGACUCUUUUAUCUUCUAAUUUUCAUAUCUUCCUUUCCUACUACCCAUAGCUACCCUUCAAGAACUCACAUCACAAUCUAUGCAAGUUGCACAGAAGAAAAAUACCAACCAAACACCCCCUAUGAAUCCAACCUCAACAGCUUGUUAUCUUCAGUUGCAACAUCAUCAUCUGAAGUUACUUUCAAUAGUUAUGGAAUUGGAAAUGGAACCUCAACACAACCCGAAGGAGCAGUAUACGGUUUAUACCAAUGCAGAGGUGAUUUACAUCCAAUUGACUGUUCAAAGUGUGUUGGAAGAGCAGUUAAUCAAAUAAGCUUGGUGUGUCCUUAUUCCCUUGGUGCUUCUUUGCAACUUGAAGGUUGUUUUGUAAGAUAUGAACAUAGUGGUGAUUUUCUUGGUAAAUUGGAUACAAGUAUUAGGUAUAAGAAAUGUAGUAAACAUAUGAGUAGUGAUGUUGAGUUCUUUCGGCGUAGAGACGAUGUUCUUGAAGAUUUGCAAACGGCGAAUGGAUUUAGGGUUAGUAGUUCAGGAUUAGUUCAAGGGUUUGCACAAUGUUUGGGUGAUAUAAGUGUAUCAGAUUGUUCAACUUGUUUGGUUGAUGCAGUUGGAAAGCUGAAGAGCUUAUGUGGAUCAGCUGCAGCUGCUGAUGUGUUUUUGGGACAAUGUUAUGCUCGGUAUUGGGCUUCUGGUUAUUAUGAAGAAUCAGUGUUUUGUGCAGAUUCUCACAAUAAUGACCAAGUGGGGAAAUCAGUUGCAAUUAUUGUGGGUGUGUUUGGGGUCUAGCAGUUCUAGUUGUCCUUCUCUCAAUUUGCAAAAAAGCAGCGGGAUAAGAAGAUGCAGGUACUAUAGGAAAGGGUAAUCAUCAAGAAAGUUCCACAAAUGUUUAUUAAAAUUUAGUGAAAACCUGCUUUUGCUUUUUGAUGAAUUUAAUAUUUUGCUUUCUUGACAAAAGAAAGUGGGACUUAUCCUUUUGUUUAGAAAUUAGAAAUACAUCAACUUAGAAAGGGCUGCAUAUUGUCUUGCCUUGGUGAUGUCCAACCAAAACCCAUCAUUAAUUAAUUUAAACAUUUUAAAUGCAUUUUCAUAUUAUAUUCU